AUGUCGCUGGUACACCAGCUGAUAUCGUCCAAGCCACGUUCAGGUCCUUUGCCAUCUGCUACGUACCCCAGCGCCAUCACUCGCCCGCCAGUGGAAUCGACCUCGACCCGCUGCGCCUGCGCUCGUGAGAUUCGACUUGCGCUCGCUUCGCUCGCCUUCAUGAUGGACCGCCGAUCGCCAUCACAGCUCUCCCCGCCGCCGCGCCGGGCUCAGUUCGACGUCGAGGACGCAGACCUGGACGAGACGUCCGAGCACGCCACGCUCCUGCGCAAUGUCAGGCAGGCGAGGUCAUUGCGGCCAGGCGGAAUUGUCGUUGGUGGCUACAAGUCUCUGCUGAGAGCUUCCAACUUUGUUGGUAGACCAACUUAUCCACACUCCUUGACGGACAUUAUGCGCCGGAUACUUCCCCGGCGAGCUCGACCGCUUCCCCGUCGCUUGAUCAAUCCUAACACGCAGCUGCCGCGACCACACGUCCUCGUCCUCGCCGUCCCGUUUGUUGUGCUCAUCCUCAUCGUCCUCUUCCACCGGCACGAGGAGAAGGUCGCGCGCAGUCGACCGCUGCUGAGCAACGGGACACACUCGUUCUACCCGACAACGCUCGUCGUCUCGCUCGACGGCUUCAAGCCAGCCUACUUGACAGACAAGUCACAUCUCGUUCCCAACAUUCUCGCGCUCGGGAGGGAGAAGGGCAUCAGGGCGGAGAGCAUGCAGCCGUGCUUUCCCUCGCUUACCUUUCCGAAUCACUGGAGUCUGAUGACGGGGCUCUACCCCGAGUCGCAUGGUAUUGUCGCCAACGACUUCUGGGCCAAGGAGCUCGAGGAGGAGUUCCACUUCAACCGCCCCAGCUCCCUCGAUGGGCGGUGGUGGGGCGGCGAGCCGCUGUGGGCCGUCGCCGAGAAGGCGGGGAGGAAGGCGGCUAACAUCAUGUGCCCGGACGAGAAACUCAACACGCUCCGCCACUACUUUGACAUGACGCCCGAGGACGCCCCAUCGCUGAUCUUCAAUUACAUGCCGGAGGUGGACCAGGCGGGACACCGUGGUGGUCCCGAGAGCUCCGACGUCGAGACAGCUCUUGGAGUAGUCGAUGGCUUCAUCGGGGACGUUGUGUCCGAGAUUGAGGCGCGGAACCUGACCCACAUAGUGGACCUGAUCGUGCUGUCCGACCACGGCAUGACUGGCCUCAGCAAGAAAAGGAUCAUCUUCCUGGACGACGUGCUCGAAAAGGACUUCUCUAGGAUCAAGCACAAGGACGGCUGGCCGUCGUUCGGCCUCCAUUUCGACGAGGAGGGAGACCUCGAGCCCGUCAUGCAACGCCUGAAAGCGGCGAGUACGGGCGAGAAGCGGCUGAACUUCACCACGUACACGCCCGCCACUAUGCCGGAACGAUGGCACUUUAGUCACGGCCCGAGGAUAGCACCAGUGUACCUCGUCCCGGACCUGGGGUGGAUCAUCACGGACCACGAGGAGUACGAACGCUACGAGCGCGGGAACAAGAUGGUGAAGGGGUGCCAUGGCUUCGACAUGCAGGCGAUCUUCUUCUCGCGGGGGCCGUUCGCGACCCGUCUCCGCGAGUCGGUCGCGCAGACAAACGCGACAAAGGUGAAGGGGUGGAAGUCGAUCGACCCGCCAAUUCUUGAGCCCUUCCGCAACCUGGAAAUCUACGACCUCGUCUUGAGGCUACAGAACAUGCGCGAUUUUGCCGGUCCCACAAACUCCUCCAAGAUAUUCUGGGACGCAUACCUCGAGCCGCCUGUUCCGGCCAAGGGCGCUGUGCCCAAGGAGGAGUGA